GUGGCCGGACAGCAGACUGCUGACUCUCCAUCACCAUUGGACUUUCCAAUGUGAGGAAGGAAAAGGGGAAGUUGAGAAGAAGUCGUGUGUUACAGAAAAAGAAUAAAUACAAGCGUCUGGGCCAAGUUGGCCCAUUUCAGCAUCAUGUUUUCACAGCCCCCAACCAAAAAGACCUUGAACACCUUCAUUGCAAAGGACAACAUUGCUCCACAAAGAGAAAAAUCUGGACAUGCCUACCCCAAAGAGGAUGACCCAAAGAGGGAUCUUCAAAAGGAAGCCACAGUUCUUGGGACCAUCCAGAUUCUGUCUUGCCUGAUGAUCUCAAGUUUAGGAGCAAUCUUGGUUUCUGCUCCCUACUUUUCCCACUUCAACCCAGAAGUUUCUGCCGGUUUUUUAGCUGGAUAUGCAUUUGUUGGAUCUCUGUGUUUUGCCGUCACUGGAGUCCUCUCAAUUAUUUCUGGGAAAAAAUCAACUAAGCCCUUUGCCAUGAGCAGCCUGACCGCAAGUGCACUGAGCUCUGUGGCUGCUGGAGCAGGCCUCAUCCUCCUCAUCGACAGCCUGGUGGCCCUGGGGGCUGCGUCUCAGCCGUGUGACUCGGAAAAGACCUAUCUAUCUUACGCAGCCUACUACUAUUCACUCUAUGAAACCAAGGACUGUCUCCUGGCGGGUGCCAGUCUAACAGGCGUGCUGGUGGUCAUGCUGAUCUUCACUGCGCUGGAACUGCUCCUUGCGGGGUGUGCAUCUGCCCUUUGGUGGAAACAGAUCCACACCAACCACCCUGGGAGUAUGUUUUUCCUGCCUUGGUCACAGGAACAUAUAUGAUAUAUCAAAAAGUGUGAACAUGAGUAACUCUUGACCCAGAAGAAAGAAAAAAAAAAAAGAAAACACUAGUACUCCAGCAGUGUGACAAGACUUGUGCAAAAUCUCAGCCACCUCAGAGGCUAAGAAGCUUCAAACAAAUAGUAUCUUGAUUUGUUCACAGUAAAUCAUUGUAUUUCUUUUGCAAUUUCCCCCAAACCCAAGGCAAUAAAUGUUUAUUAGUCAGUCUUCUGAAAUGGCCA